GGCUGACUGUACGCUAUUCGGGCUACUAGUGCAGAAGUAAAAUGUAAGGUAAAAGUCACUCCAACAGUUUGCUUAAAAACAGUUAAAUAAUAUUUAAAAAAUAUUACAACGCGUUCGCUAUGUGAUGCCAAGUGCAAUGGAUAAUGUGCGUUUUUUCAAGAAGAACUAAAAGAAAAUAAUUCGUAUUUGAGGUACCACAGUACGUUCACACGCUUACACCUUCACACACGCACGUACGAUAGUUUUAAGCAGAAAGUGGGUGGCUAAGGCAUUAAGCAUAACGACGCAAAGGCUGAUCAGAAUAUAAUGAGUGGUCGCGGUAGCCGGAAACGUGGUCGCCCGCCAAAGACGCCAAAUGAACGCUCAUCGGGGCGUUUCAACUAUCAGAUGCUCAAGAAGCCGAAAUAUCUCAGUGAAGGAAAAUCACAGCCUAGUACUCCAUCAGCAUCACGUUGCAUCUCCCCACAAAGCGAUGAGUGCAGUCGCGGGAGUCACAACAAUCGUAGUGGUCGCGGCAGCGGCGCGAAACGUGGACGGGGACGUAAAUCAAAUGUCCACGCUAACACCAGCGCUAACAAUUAUUCUGGCAGAAAAGGUUUCGAGUCGGAGUAUCAUUAUGGCUCAGAUUUCGGGGAUUCGGAUGAGGAAAAGACGGAUAAUGAAGAUGAUAUGUUACUUACGCCGAGCGACGACGAGAGUUUAGAUGCAGCCAAUGAGAGUGAGUCCGAGUUUUCAGUCUGCAGCUUUACACAAAACGGGAUUGGCCGACUAUCGCGUCCACCCAGCCCGGAGCCGAUUUGGCUGCAAGAGGGUCGAGAAUAUGCGGCUCUCGAAUUGCCCGAUUCGUCCGAAGAUUUAUUUAUAGACAAUGCGCAUGUUUUGCGCGCGUUAAGUAUUUAUGAAGUAUUGAGACGCUUCCGUCACCUGGUGCGACUCUCGCCCUUUCGCUUUGAGGACUUUUGUGCGGCUCUAGUCUGCGAGGAGCAGAGUGCACUACUCACGGAUGUUCACAUUAUGCUUCUGAAGGCGAUUUUACGUGAGGAGGAUGUACAGGGCACACACUUUGGGCCACUUGAUCAAAAGGACACUGUUAAUAUCAGUUUAUACCUAAUAGAUGCAAUCACAUGGCCAGAGGUGUUGCGCAGCUAUGUGGAAAGUGACAGAGAAUUCGAUCGAAAUGUUUAUAAAAUACUCAGCACAGGCGAAUAUCCCUAUACUGGCGUGGAGCAUCGUUUGGUGGUGUUGCAGUUUUUAAGCGAUCAGUUUCUUACUGCAAACUCAGUGCGCGACGUGAUGGUGCAGGAAGGUCCCAUUCACUAUGAUGAUCAUUGUCGCGUCUGUCAUCGCCUCGGGGAUUUGUUGUGUUGUGAAACAUGCCCUGCAGUCUAUCACUUGGAGUGUGUAGAUCCACCCAUGAACGAUGUACCGACUGAGGACUGGCAGUGUGGUCUGUGUCGAUCACAUAAGGUUACGGGCGUUAUGGAUUGUAUCCUGGCGCAGGAGAAACAAGGCGUCCUUAUACGCCACGAUACUCUCGGCGUAGAUCGACAUGGCCGCAAGUACUGGUUUAUUGCGCGGCGUAUAUUUGUUGAAGAUCAAAUGGACGCCACUUGUUGGUACUAUAGCACAACAGCAAAAUUUGAAUUGCUCCUAAAACGUUUAGAUGCUGCAGAGUUGGAGACUCGGCUUUUUUCCCAGUUAACCGACCGUCAGGAAGAAAUAGAACGGCAAAUGAAACUAACAGAGUCGCUCACCAAUGAGCACAAACAUAACAAGCGCACCUUAUUAGAUCUAGAGCAAGAGGCUACACAAGAACUUCUCGAAAAUAAACCGGCCGAUACUCUAGCUGAAGAAAGUGACGACCAGGCAGCUGAAACCGUAAAGAAAGCUGAAGAGAACAAAAUGGUAACACGUCAAAAGACAAAUCAAUUAAAUAGUGGCACACUCUAUUUUAAGCUGGGUAUGGAACAGGGCUUUAAGAAUUAUGUAAACCAGUAUGCCACUAAUCCCAUAGCGCUAAACAAGCCACAACGGAAUGAGGAACGCGAUAAACGACGUCACCUAUCCCACAAAUUUUCCCUGACUACUGCCUCCGAUUUCAAGUGGAUUGGCAUUACAAUGGGGACAUGCGAUAAUAUUAUAACAACCCUGCGGCAGACCCUGCUCAAUUUUGAAUCGAAUAUUGCGGCGUCUUUUAUGAAUACCAAUUGGUUGAGCAACAAAAAAAUAUGGAAUACUGCUGUAAUGAAUGCCAAACGGGCCACUGAUUUUGCUGCUGUUAUGUUGUUGUUUCAAGCAUCCCUUAAAAGCGUAGUCUUUGCAAAUGUGUGGCACGAACAGCUUGGGCACAUGCACUUGCAGCGUAUCACAAGCGCCGAGCGCGAAGAACGCAAGAAACAAGAAAAACGUGAAAAGCGCGAACGCGACGACGAAGAAGAGCGCAAUCGUCUUGCAUUCAAUUACAUAAAAUAUUCUCUGGGCUUGAAGCACCAGGUAUGGAAGCAAAAGGGCGAAGAGUAUCGGGUGCAUGGCCAAUGGGGUUGGCUCUGGCUAUCUAGCAGUCGACGGUGCGGAGUUCGUGUCCGACGGACCCGUGCCCAGCCGCUGUCACACAAUCGCAUCUAUGUGCACUACACGUUGGGCGAAGAGCAGAAUGUUAACGAGGUAAUCCUAGUUGAUCCUCGAACUCAUCGCUUUAUACAGCAAUGUAAGUCAGUCCACGAGGCGGGUCAGGUGUGCCAUUAUUUGCCCGAGCAAUACACGCACGUCAAUGUAGUUCGAGACGUUGGUGAGCGAGUUAAUGGGAUCAUUGAUGUAAGCAAAGCUUUAAAUGAACCCGGUCGCGUCUAUUAUCCAAAGGUGGCGCGCAAAUGUCGUUUGGAUGAUUUGUUGGAGAGACGCACCAAAUUGGCAGAGGUUGAGCAAAAAAUUGCAAUCAAAUCGGAUAGUGAUGGAGAUGUGAAGCCGCUCUUAAUACCAUCAACUACUGGGACUGGCACUAGCAAGCAAACGUAUCUGGAGAAGCGUUUAAUGCGCCUCACUGAAGCCGCAGGCAAAAGUAUUGCAUGCAACGUUAACUUAGAUCUCGUCAACUCCCUGGCCAAGCAAAUACAAACAGUGCGUCUGCAAUUCAGUCAACUGAACCGCUACGCUAAAACCUUCCGCUGCUACACAAAGGAAUGCAAUACCAACUCAAACGCCGUUUCACAAAUAACCCAAAACACUUGCUACUCGCCUCUUUGUCUGCAAAAGGCGCGUGCAAAAAAGGAGCUGCUGUUGCUACUACGUAAGGCACACACCGCGGGAAAUGGCUCAAAGGAGACGGUGGCAGCAAUUUUGGGUGCAGUAAAAAAGCCGUCCAUACUUGAACAGAAAUUGACAGAGGGCAAGAAGGAGUCUGCUCAGCUGGCAAUUGAUGAGUCUGAGGAUCACAAAUUAGCUGAAGCGGAGGCGCCUCUCGACUUGCUGCAAGACUGGGAGCAGGCGCGUGCGCAUGCUAUAACCUUUAGUAAUCAUCUGAUUACGGAUUGUUUGCAGAGCGAACCCGAGGAUGCGAAUAAAGUAACAGUUAAGGUGGAAGAGCAAAAUUCUGCGAGUAACUUAAAUCCCGAUUCAAACACACAGGACUCGGACAAAAUGGACUACAUCGAGAAUAUGGACGUGUGCAGCAAUGUGGAAAUUGAGAGCACAGAAGAUUCAUUAGCUGUGGCAGCGAGCGUUGCGAGCUCAACGGCAAAUAUCGAUGAAAUAGAUAUGUUCCCCGGCUUGCGUCGGAGACGCACACUAAAACCUAAGAAGGCAUAUAUUGGCACUAAAGAUGUUUUAGAUCAAACUUUGGAUAAAGAUAUACCUCUCAACAAGCAAAAUCGUCGCUUUCCCAUCACUCAGCGUCCGGUAAAGCGUGAGGAUGUCACUAAAUACGAACGGGAGUAUUUCGCAAAUGGCAAUGAGCGUGUGUACUCCGCAACUUCAACACGGGGACGUGUCUAUCUCUUGCGUGAUGAGUCCAAAUUGUAUGAGCAAGCAGUAAAAGCUGAUGAUAAAGUAACAGUCGUUAAGAAGUCAUCGUAUGCGCGCUAUCCGCUCAUCUCAAACUUCCUAACUCAUAAACAAAAGAGAAGCCUUUUGAUUUUACCACGUUUCGAGCUGCUUAAGCUAUCCCGUCUGGGCGGUAAAGCACCGGCAAGUGGCUUUCACCAUGCCGCCAAAAAUAACUCAAUUUGGCAGUAUCAGUGCUCUAGGCCACUGUUCCGUACAUGCUGGUCAUAUCGUACAUCUAAUGCGACAACUUUGUCGUGCAUAGCAUUGCAGUUAAGAAUAUUGUGGUCUUGUCUACGAUGGGAUGAUAUGAUUGCCAAACCGCCAUCCACUGAUGGCAAACAUCAGGUUACAACGGAGAAUGAGAUUGUCACAUUGGAAUUGCUAAAGCUGCGUCACGCCGGUCGAUAUGGUGAGAAGACGAGCUACCUCCGACGCAAGGUUGUUAUACCAUUAGAGAUGCCAAAGACAAUUAGGGAGGUAACAUCAAUACGAUCGGGUCUGCGAAAAAGAAAACGUGCCGAAUCACCACAGCCAACAGAGCCACAAAUAAGCGAGGAAUGGGUAGAUGAGGAUAAGCUGGAAUUAUGGGAAAUUAAGUUUAUUGGUGAGAAGCAAGAGAAGGCACGCCUUGCUACGGUUACUCGUUCGGUGACAUCGCGGCAACUUGAAUCGAAUAACGGCUCCGGCCCUAAUGCGUCUUCUGUUGGAAGUCCAGGAGGUGGACGAGUUCUAUUGGCGCCGAAACCGGGGGAAGACGUCAAGGAUAAGAUGGAACAACAGUUGAAACUUCAACGAGCGGCACAUCAACAACGCAAAGUGAUUGGCGUAAACGAAGUUAUUCGAUCAUCAACACCCGUUAAAGGACAAGUAAUUGGUAGUAGACGUGUGAUAGUAAAAAAUCCGGAUGGUACGACGCGCAUUAUACAGCAAGCUGGAACGCAAUUGGCGCGAAGUUCAACAUCAACUUCAUUAACAACAAGCCCCGCCCCGUCUACAAAUGCAACAUCAACGACACCCGCUUCCACGCCACAUAAAGUACAAAUUAUACGUGGGCCCGAUGGCAAAGUAAGCGUCCGUGGACUAAAUCCAGGUCAGCAAUUGGUACAAAUGCCGGACGGCAAACUACAUGUUUUAACGACAACAACAUCAAAUGCAGUAACAUCAAGUGUCAAAGGAAAACUGCCAAUUAAAACAAUUACAACGCCUGCAGCAUCACACGCAGUGGCAACAACGACGACUGCAGUAAAUUCAUCAUCUCCAGUGAUUAAACAAAUUGCAAUGAAACAUGUUAACAUAGCUAAAUCACCGGGUGCGCAAUCCCUCGCAUCGUCCCAACGCGUUACGCUACCUUUGGCACAAGUUAAAAACAAACUUUUACUUGCGCAGCAGCAACAGCAACAAGCAGGUCAGACAAGCACAGCUUCGCCUACCGUUCAAAAACUAGUGCCGAAAGUAGUAACCGCCGCCGCACCGAAUCAGCAAGUUUUUGUACAGCCCGGCUCAAAGUUGUUGGUCACACAAGGAUCGCAAGGCCAAAAGGUGAUCAUUUCUGCAUCGCCAAGUCAACAACAACAGCAACAAGGCGCUGCAACGGUCCAACAACAGCAAAUUGUUCAGACACAAACAAUUCAACAACAACACAUCCAACAGCAGGCACCACAGCAACAGCAACAAAUUGUGGUGAAUCAACAGAUGGGCAGCCAGCCUACACAAAAAGUGAUACAGCAAAUUGUCAACACGAGCAACGUACAACAACAAAUUGUUGUUGGCGGGCAGCGAAUUAUAUUAAGUCCAGGUCAAACGAUCGUUACUCAACGGAGUGUACCGCAAAGUCAAGCCCUACAAAUGGUACAACAGCAAAUACAAACACAGCAACAACAGCAGCAGCAGCAGCAACAGCAGCAGCAGCACAUCGUUCAACCCCAGCAACAAUAUGUGGUACAAACCAAUCAACCAGUUCAAUCGACGGCCACAACGCAAACAAAGUUGGUUAAGCAGUUGGUGGUGCAGCAGCAGCAGCAGCAGCAGCAGCAGCAACAACAAACAAUGGAAGAGAAACCCCAGAGCAGUACCACAGAGAGCAAUGAGACAACCACACAGCAAGUGUUAGUGCCGAAUUCAACGUUAGCUCAGCAGCUGGCGCAAGGCAAGCUGCAAGUGGCGACUAUUAAUGGACAGCAAGUGAUUGUCAAGCCGUUGGGUAACAAUCAAGCGCAAAUUGUGGCACAUAUUAAGCAUCAGGGCGAUGGCAAUGCCCACAUUGUGACUAACAAUGCAACGCCUGCAGUAUCGCAAGCAAGUCCCCAAGCCUCCCCAACUAAACAGCCGCCGCAGCAGCAAAGUGUUGUGCAACAAAGUCCACAACAAGUCGUUAUGCAGCAACAGCAAGUGCAACCACAACAACAGCAGCAGCAGCAGCACAUUGUGCAGCAAGUGGUCCAGCAGACACCAGCACAACAGCCCCUAAGCGUAGAAGAGAGUCUCCUCCAGAAUCAGCCACCUGGCACGGUUAUUAAAUGUGUCACGGCACAAGUGUUGCAAACAGAGCACGGACCACGUAUAGUGUUGCAAGGGCUUGUAGGCAACGACUUUACAGCACAACAACUGCAGCUGGUACAAACGCAGGUGAAGCAGCAGCUAAUGAAAGCUCAAGAAUCUAAUGGCAAGCUAGGCGUUUUAGGCCCCACAAAAAUCUAUCUAGCCGUGCAACCGGAAACAACGGCACAGUCGUCACAGCCGCCGCCAUUAACGCCUGUUCAUCAAACGGCGACACAUCAACAAACCAACGAUAACACCAGCAACAUCAAUACCGACAACGACGCCACCGCGCCUACAGCUACUAAUGAGGAGACUGCCCCAAACGACAGUUGCCCCGCAACAAACAGCACAUGUUGUGCCUCCGGCAACAGCAGCAGCGGUAUUGACCUCGAGCCCAGUAGCCUUGCCCAAGCUGAUAAGCAUAAUAGCACCACACACAACAACAACUACAACGCCGCAUCUGGAACAACUGUGUCGCAGGAAAACUUAGACUAUUCCGUAGUAGCAGGAACAGAUCUCUGUGCCACAUCCUUGGUACAAGGCGUCGAGAAUGAGCAAACGGAAAAUUUUGUCGUAACUAGCGGCUAUAUUCAAGAAACUAUUACAAAUGUACUAAACCAAGGUAAUCUGAGUCCCGAGCUUAAAGAGAAAUUGGUUAACAUGCGCAUGAAGCAGGAGCAGCAAAAUUCUCAAAACCUGGGCGAAUGGACGCCAUCAACGAGCAGAUCAAAUUCCAUAGCUGAAGGCGCCAGCACUUCCAACCGCCGACGCACUACGUCACGGCAUAAUAAUACCGAUGAUGAUGAGUGGAAAAUUCGAACUCCAUCGAAGCGGCAUCAUGGUGUACCCAGUGUUAACCACAAUAGCGCAGUCAAAAAUAAUCGUAAGCAUCUGCCUUUGGAGGAUGCAGCAAAUAUAAGUGAACCAAAGCAAACGCAAUUGGAGCGCCAUAAAGAUUUGCUUAAGAAGAGCAUCUUACGCAAACGAUCCCUGUUGGAACGCAAUUUGCAGAAUGAAAUCCGCGAGGAAGUAGAGGCUAAAGUAAAGCGACACGUGCGCGCCAUGAGCACAACGACACCAGAGAAAACAACUGAAAACGAGUGUACUUCAGUGUUUACUGAACGUCUGGUGGAUCAGAAUAAUGAACACAAGCGCCACUCUAAACCAUUGAUGGGCCGCAGUCUUGGAACAGAGCCACCUACGCUGCAUAACAGACACGCUGUUGGUCGGCCUAAGAAGAUGACUAGGAAAAAGGAGAAGUUAUAUUGUAUUUGCCGUAAGCCCUAUGAUGACACUAAGUUUUAUGUCGGCUGCGACUUGUGCAGCAAUUGGUUCCAUGGUGACUGUGUCAACAUUACCGAAGAGGCGUCCAAAAAGCUAACAGAAUUCAUUUGUACCGAUUGUCAGAAAGCGCGUGAAACUCAACAGCUUUAUUGUAGCUGUCGUCAGCCCUACGAUGAAUCACAAUUUUAUAUUUGCUGUGAUAAAUGCCAGGACUGGUUCCAUGGUCGUUGCGUUGGUAUUGUCCAGAGCGAGGCUGAGUACAUUGACGAGUAUGUCUGCCCAGAAUGCCAGCGAAAUUCGGACGCAAACACCGCAAAUAUAAAAAGUCUAACGCAAAAUGAAGUUGUUGAACUCAAGAGCUUGAUUAAGCAAAUACAGUCCCACAAAAGUGCCUGGCCAUUUAUGGAACCGGUUGAUCCGGAAGAGGCGCCGGACUAUUACAAAGUGAUAAAGGAGCCCAUGGAUCUCAAGCAGAUGGAAACCAAACUCGAAUCAAACACCUACACUAAGCUCGCUGAAUUCAUUGGCGAUAUGACAAAAAUAUUUGAUAACUGCCGCUAUUAUAACCCAAAGGAGUCCUCAUUCUACAAGUGCGCUGAAGCACUUGAAUCGUUCUUUGUACAAAAGAUCAAGAGUUUUCGAGAAAAUAUUGUUGGUCAAGGCAAUUGAAAUACAUAUAAGCGAAACAUUGAUUGUUGGUACAAUUGGAAAAAGUUGCACUGGAUUAAGCUGGGUUUAACAAAAUCAUUAUUGAAAACAAAAAUUAUGAUUUUCAUAUAGGUAAAAUAAACUAAAUUCUUUCACUACAACAAAACAUACAUACGUAGAGUAUAGCCGCUCUGAUAUACAUAUUAUUGUGUAUAUACAUACAUAUAUAUAUAUAUAUAUAUAAGUAUAUAUUAUAUAUAAGUAUAUAUUAUAUAUAAGUAUAUAUUAUAUAUAAGUAUAUAUUAUAUAUAAGUAUAUAUUAUAUAUACAUAAUUAACUGAAGCUAAUAUAAGUAGUUGUAUUCUUUUAUCAUAUAUAAUAUAAUAUAUAUAAAAAUGGAUUUCGUAUUUAAUAUCGAGCAGAUUUAAGUUUAAUUUAAUGUGAAGAAAAUUAUUAAGAACAAUCUAAGUAGUUUUGCCUAUGUACAGCCCAAAAUGAGAUGUAAAUAAACACACACAUGCAUUUGUUUUGAUACAUAUGUAGGUACAAGUAAAACAA